CAAAGCUCUCACAGAAGAGAGAGAAAGAGAGAGACACUGAGAGUAUAAAUAUCCAUCGAACUCCAUCUUCAUCUCUUCUGCAUUUUGGCGUUAGGGCUCGGAACUCAGCUCGUGAUUCGCUCGAAGGAGGAGGAGUGGGGGAAGAAGCAGAGCAGUGAUCAGUGAUCAGUGAUCUUCGUCUACAUGGAGUGUCUCGGAGCUCCGAACUUUGCGGCAAUGGCGGUCUCUACCAGUGCCCCGUGGAGGUCGAGAAGGAGGAGAAUGAGGCCUGAGAACGCUUGUUUUAAUCAUCGGGACAGUUGUUAUCUGCCGUCCGUGCGAGUGAGGGCUAGUGCUGGGAGCGAGAGUUGUGUGGUUGUUAAGGAAGGUUUUGCGGAUAAGGAGGACUACAUCAAGGCCGGUGGAUCGGAGCUUCUUUUUGUGCAAAUGCAGCAGAACAAGGCCAUGGAUGAACAGUCAAAGCUAGCCGACAAGUUACCGCAGAUAUCAAUUGAAGAUGGUACACUGGAUUUAGUGGUGAUUGGUUGUGGCCCAGCUGGUCUCGCUUUGGCUGCGGAAUCAGCAAAGUUAGGAUUGAGUGUUGGGCUUAUUGGUCCAGAUCUUCCUUUCACAAAUAAUUAUGGCGUAUGGGAGGAUGAAUUUAAAGAUCUUGGCCUUGGGAGGUGCAUUGAGCGUGUUUGGCGGGAUACCAUUGUAUAUCUUGAUGAUGGUGAUCCAAUUUUGAUUGGUCGUGCUUAUGGACGAGUCAAUCGACAUUUGCUCCAUGAGGAACUGUUGAAAAGGUGUGUCGAGUCAGGUGUUUCAUAUCUUAGCUCAAAAGUAGAAAGGAUUACAGAAGCUUCCAAUGGUCAUAGUCUUGUAGUUUGUGAACGUGAUAUUGUUAUCCCCUGCAGGCUUGCUACUGUUGCAUCUGGGGCUGCUUCAGGGAAACUCUUACAGUAUGAGGUGGGUGGUCCCAGGGUUUCUGUCCAAACAGCUUAUGGGGUGGAGGUUGAGGUGGAAAACAAUCCAUAUGAUCCAAGUCUGAUGGUUUUCAUGGACUACAGAGACCACAUUAAACAAAAAGUUCAAUGUUUAGAAGUGCAAUAUCCAACAUUUCUCUAUGUCAUGCCCAUGUCACCAACAAGAGUCUUCUUUGAGGAAACUUGUUUGGCUUCAAAAGAUGCUAUGCCUUUUGAUCUACUAAAGAAAAAGCUCAUGUCAAGGCUAGAGACAAUGGGAAUACGAAUUAUAAGAACUUAUGAAGAGGAAUGGUCUUAUAUCCCUGUUGGUGGAUCCUUACCAAAUACAGAGCAAAAAAACCUUGCAUUUGGUGCUGCUGCUAGCAUGGUACAUCCAGCCACAGGCUACUCAGUUGUAAGAUCAUUGUCAGAGGCUCCAAAAUAUGCUUCUGUAAUUGCAAAUAUUUUGAAGCGGAGUCAUUCUAAGGACAUUUUUACUCGUGGAAGAAGUACUGGAAAUAUCUCAAUGAAAGCUUGGAAUACCCUUUGGCCACAAGAAAGGAAACGACAGAGAUCAUUCUUUCUCUUUGGUUUAGCACUCAUUCUCGAGCUGGAUAUUGAGGGCAUUAGGGCAUUCUUUCAUACUUUCUUCCGCCUACCCAAUUGGAUGUGGCAGGGAUUUCUUGGCUCCACUCUCUCCUCAGCUGAUCUCAUCUUAUUUGCCUUCUAUAUGUUUAUAUUAGCACCAAACCAAAUGAGAAUGUGCCUUAUCAAACAUCUACUAUCUGACCCUACUGGAGCAACCAUGCUAAGAACAUAUCUUACUGUAUAGUCUGUACCUUGGAAUUUUAUAUCAUUGCAGUAGUCUGUACCUUGGAAUUUUAUAUCAUUGCAGUAGACUAGAUGAGGAGCCUGGCCACCCACCUGCAUCUGUACAUAUAUAUAUAUAUAUACACACAUCUGUAUUCAUAUCUUUCUCCUCCAAAUUUAAACGAGGUGUUACUCAAAGUCCAAAACCGUAAGCAUAUUCCACAAAUCGGCCCAGUAUGUAAUAAACUGCCUUGCCUAA